AUGCUUACGUGCAAUGUGUUUGACCAAGAAGUGUUGAAUAAGUCAUAUGCAGGCAAUAUUGCAAGGGAUUGUGCUUUGCUGGGCAAGAAGAAACAUGGGUUUUGUAAGUUUGAAAAUGUCAAGUGGGUGGUUUGGUUACAACCUGCUGUCUCCCACUCAAUAGUCAAGUUUCUUCCUGGGUUUCAGGGGCCGCUUCCCUUCCACCAUGAAACCGGAUAUGUUGGUGUGGAUGAAGCAGAGGAUCUGCAGCUCUUCUACUACUUCAUCAAGUCCCAGAGGAAUUCUAAAGAGGACCCUCUUUUGCUUUGGCUAACUGGUGGCCCUGGUUGCUCUUCUUUUACCGCUCUUGCUUUUAAAAAUGGUACAAUCAGUUUCGAGGCAAAGGAAUACAAUGGGAGCUUACCUACAUUGGUCUUGACUCCUUACUCAUGGACACAGGUGGUUUCCAGCAUGAUAUUUUUAGAUUUGCCUGUUCCCACUGGAUUCUCCUAUGCAAGAUCCCCGGUUGAUUUUCAGAGAAGUGACUUUAAACAAGUUUCGCAAGCUGUCCAAUUUCUUCGAAAGUGGUUAAUGGAUCAUCAAGAAUUCCUCUCAAAUCCAGCCUACAUUGCUGGUGAAUCCUACUCCGGCAAGAUCGUCCCAGCUGUUGUUCAAAAGAUUUCUAAUGGACAAGCAGCCACCAUGUCUAUUGGAUACCUCCUAGGAAACCCUGUUACUGAUCCUACUUUUGAUGAUAACUCAAAGGUUCCAUUUUGUCAUGGAAUGGGACUUAUUUCUGAUGAACUCUACGAGAAAAGUUGUCGAGGAGAAUAUCAAAUGAUAGAUCCGAACAAUGCAGAGUGUUUGAAAAGUGUAGAUGCUUUUGAUAAGUGCAUUUCAGAUAUUGAAGGGUCACAUAUUUUGGAACGCAAGUGUCCUCUUGUUCCCCCACGCCCGACAGAGUUGGGCAAGAGAAGAUAUCCCAAUGAGAACUCUCAAGAAUUCCUCCAUUUUGAACCUGAUCUUCCUACAAUUGGAUGUCACGGAAGUAUAGGGGAGUGGCAAAGAUGCGAUUAUAAAUUUCCUUACACUUAUGAAAUUCAAAGCAGCAUUAAGUAUCAUGCAGAACUUGGGAUAAAAGGUUAUCGCAGAUUAAUCUACAGUGGCGAUCAUGAUAUGAUGAUACCAUUCUUGGGAACUCAAGCAUGGAUUAGAUCUUUAAACUACUCUAUUGUUGAUGACUGGCGUCCAUGGCACUUUCAAGGUCAAGUUGCAGGAUACACGAGGACUUACUCUAAUCAAUUGACAUUUGCCACUGUGAAGGGUGGAGGCCACACAGCUCCCGAGUACAAGCCUGCUGAAUGUUUUGUAUUCGAAUUCUAUUACUCUAAAUAA